AUAAUCCCAAGUCCCAAAUUUGCAAAGGCUUCUCUCAUUCUCUCUCUUGUAAAUAUGCCCCCCAUCUCUAUUUUAGUAUUACUUUCCCAUACCAAUCUUUGUACUCACUCUAACAUCUCACUUUUCCAACCCUUACUUCCAUUCUUCUUUCUCUUUAUCCCACAUUCUCUCUAUCUUCCAUCAAGUAUGAAACCAUCACCACCAUCUCCAUUACUUCCCAUUCUCCUCUUCAUCUUUUUACUCCUCUUCCCCAUCUUUAUCACCUCAGUUUCUCUACCUCUUCCACCAACAUCAUCACCUUCUUCACCCUCCACUUCAACUCUUGACCCAAACCAACUCAAAGCCCUUCAAUCCCUCAACAUCCCCACAUCCAAAAACCCUUGCAUCCAACCAUCUUUCCACAAUGCCACACAAUGUGACUCCUCAAAGCCCUUUCACCACCUCAUUUCCUUAACCCUUUCCAACUGUUCAUCUUCCAUUUCUCUCUCCUACAAUGCCCUCAAAUCCCUCUCCACACUCCAAUCACUUCACUUCCUUAACUGCCCCAUUGCCCCCAUUCAUUUCCCUCCUCAACUCACAAACUCUCUCAUCUCCUUCACCUCCAUCAACAGCCUCCGCAAGAUCUCAGGAGUAUGGCUCUCUCACCUAGCAAACCUCACCGAUCUAACCGUCUCAAAUGUCCCAAUAAAAGCCUCCGGUCCUUACGUCUUCCUCGCCCACAUGAAAAAGCUCAAAACUUUAACCAUUUCAAAAACCAACCUCACUGGUUAUCUUCCAAAAUACAUUCAUUCCAACCUUACCCACAUUGAUUUUUCAUCUAACCAACUCAAAGGAAACAUACCCUCUUCCAUCACCAUGCUUGAUAGCCUUGAAAGCUUAAAUCUUUCUUCAAAUAACUUCAAGGGUGAGAUACCCUCUUCAUUAGGGGACUUAAUCUCCCUUAAAAAUCUCUCUUUGGCUUCCAAUUCAUUCUCAGGAUCUAUCCCAGAUUCAAUUUCCGCCAUACCUGAUUUAACUCACAUGGAUCUAAGUUCAAACCAGCUCAAUGGGACAAUUCCAAACUUCAUAUCAGAAAUGAAAAACCUCAAGUACUUGAAUCUAGCUAACAACAACCUACGUGGGGUUUUGCCAUUCAACACGAGUUUUAUCAAAACCCUGACAACUUUUAAGGUUGUCGGGAACAGUAACUUGUGUUAUAACCAUUCUGUUCUGUCAUCAAAACUGAAGCUCGAGAUUGCUCCUUGUGAUAAGCAUGGGAUACCAAUGUCUCCUCCACCAGCUAAGGAUUCUUCUGAAGAUGACAGUAGUGAUUCAGAUUAUGAUGAUGACGAUGAUGAUAGCAUACACAAAAGAGAACAUCAUCAUAGGUCAAAUAAAUUUGUUCUUGGGGUGGCAAUUGCUCUUUCCUCCAUUGUCUUUUUGAUUGUUUUCUUAAUCCUAUGUUCAAAGUGCUGUCGCUGAAGAAACUAUUUUGUUUUCAUUUUUUCACUUUAUAUAAUUUUUGUUAGGAAAAUUGAUAAUUUCAAAUGGUGCUUGUUUAUUUUGGGAGUGAUGAAAUAUUUAUGUCAAGUUAUUAGUAACAGCUUAUACUACGUGCCGUCAAAAAUAAAAACUUAGGUGAGAGAUUAAUUAAUGAGUAAAAGGUUGAUGUGAUGAA